AUGUCGGAGGCUGUGAGCAAUUUGGUGAGUAGCGUCGCGGCGGACAAUGGAGGUGUGCUGAAAGAACCUAAAACGGGCAAAAAUGAGUACGAGAAUCUGGCGCAGCUGUCCAGUAUCCCGUUCGUGGAGUGGUUUACGUGGUGCCAAUCCUGCAAACACGGAGGCCACGCUCACCACUUGGCAGACUGGUUCAAGGCACACACAGUUUGUCCUGUUACCGACUGCAACUGUCAGUGUCAGCAUCUUGAUUUGCCGAUCGUGGGUGAUGACAACCAAAUGCAACUUAUCGAGCAACAACGAGCGAUAUCAGCAACAAAAACAAGAGGCAAAAGCGUCGGUGCGUGGGCCGAAGAAAUCUUUCCUGGAGAAGCAACAACAGCAGCAGGCGUCGCUAGGAUCGCAGAGCUCGCAGCACAGUUUCUCAGUGUCUUCUGCUAUGGGGUCGGGCUCCACGUAUCGCUCCUACUCGUCGGCUCAACUUCGUCCUACUAG